AUGGGAGCCACAUUCUCAGCCGUCAAGACGCUGGUUGUCCCCGCCAUAAUAUCUCUGAUACUCUUCCUCCUGUCGACGUUUGUCCUCUACCCCUUGUGGCAACGCUAUCGAAACCGUUACAGCCAGUACCUCCCAAUAGACACUUUAUCCGAACAGACAUCUUCGCUCAGGGCCAGGAUAACAGGCGGCCUUAGUAGCCUGAUAUUUACCUCUAGGUGGAGCACAGGCUUUGCUGAUCGGCUCGUUGUUGGUGGUCGGCCGUCGUUUGAUUCAGAAGACGGGGAAGAGCUGGAGGAUGUGGAUGAGUCUACCGGAAGAGGUGGAAACAUUGGUGACAGUAUUGACAGCUCGAGGAGGUUAAGCAGAGACUUGGAGGAAGGUUUCAUCGAUGAUAGCGACGAGUCCUCAUCAGACGACUCGUCGAGGUGA